CACAUCACACGAAACCGUUUGCUUUUGCCGUACAAUUUCCUUGGUCGGAUUGGCGAAGUAGUGGAUUUCUUGAUAGUCUGUGUUCGUUAUCGCAAGCGUGUCGGUGUGGACGCGCGAAAAAGAGCGCGGGAAGUGAAUUUUGAAUAUUUUUUUUGUGAUUUAAGUGCAGUUUUCAAGUGCAUUUCAUUUGUGUGUGUUUUUAUCAUGUGAUUAAGGAAUACGUUUUGAGGUCCAUAAGACUUAGACAAAGUUAGUGCUUCCUAACUUCUGGAACUUGAUUGUCUAAAGAGACAAGAUUAUUAGAAGACCUUCGUAAAAUGCUUGGCGCAAGGAUACAAGUACUCAAACUCGUAUGAAGAUGCGUACUCCUCACCGAACUAUCCAUGUCAUAAGCCUUCUCGUCAUUCUGUCAUGGGCACACGGUUUAGAGGCCAAGAAGUCAAAGAAACAAAUAUGUCCUAUAGGUUUCAAGCUAGCCUACAACAGAUUGAAGGGAGAUUUCAUUUGCUACAAACGGAAAGAACUGGAAUCUUUCGCGGCAUCUCUAGAUGACUGCGAUGGAAAUUUAUACUCGUCAGAAUUAUACCGUAGCUUGAAUAUAUCAAAAUUGGAAUAUUCCAACACAUUAUGGUCAGAAUACAAAUCCUUUUAUCCCGGCGGGCCCUUCGUAAGCUGGUCUCGCAAUGAAAACGAUUGGGUAGUAGUUAAAGACAUAAACAAUUACCUACCAGAUAAUUUAAAAGAUGAUACAGAUCAAGAUUUGUGUUUAGUGGUAAACAGGACUGGUGAAUAUGUUGCAGUGCAGUGUGAUGACAAGUUUUAUAGAUAUUGUCUUGUGAAGCCUUACGGAGACAGGGAGGAUUUGAGUAAGAGAGGCUGCGAGGGUUUCAAAGGAUCGUGGAGGUUUGAUAAUUCUAAAGACAUUUGCUUGUUGGGUGUGACCGGGGUUGGAGGGGGCACGGUUAGAGCCACCUGGAAUCAGUCUCAGGCGUUGUGCGCGAGACAUGGGGGUGCAUUGUUGAGUAGAGGAUGGCAGUAUGCAAAUAUGCCCCUGUUCCAUAUGUCUGAUGUAUCACCUACGCCGGUUUAUCCUUUGGGAAUGAUGUGGGAUCCAGAGAGGAAAGUUCUUCGGUACGUGUCUGAAGAUGGCGUUGUUGAGAAACCAUACGAGAUGAGUUCGUCACUAAACAAUACUGAAGAAACUAUGUACAUUGCGAUUAAGGACGAGUCAUGGAUGCCUGUAAACAGCACGUAUUUAUUUUUUGACGUUAUCUGUGAGCAUUCAGUGCGCGCAAGAAAUCUUACAUUAACAUUAAGUAUUAAUCCAGAAAACAAGAUAAUAUUGGAUGUAAAUGAAUCUGUAGAUAAAGACGACAUUCAUUGUACAACUGACUCUGAGUCAUAUCGGCCGAGCAAAGUGAAGAUACAUCAUGAUGAUGCCGCUAACAAUUAUGUACUAUCACCAGCAACAGAUGGCUACUAUUGGUGUGAACAUAUAGAUAAGUAUAAUUUACAAAUUGUACAAUCAAACAAAGUACUAUUUGUAAGAGAAAGAGAUUCACUUAUAAACUUAUACAGUGUAAAGAUUAAUUUACUCAGCGGCAACUAUACAUUUGAAAAUGCUUAUGAAAUGAAAGAAGAAUGGAUUGACAAAUUAGAUGAGUACGUAUUUUAUAGGACCAGAUAUGUACAAAUGUUUGACGUUGACAAAAUACUAGAUCCAAUGGUAGCGGAGAAAAUACUUUUUAAUUUCAAAGCGUCCAGAGCUGAAUUGAGUUGGAGGGACGGAGAGGCUAUUUACAAUUCAGUUAUAAAGAGAUUAUACAUGAACAAACAUACUGUUCUACUUCAUGUAGAGUUGAAUCCAGAGAUGAUACCAGUUACACCCGGGUUUUGGACUAAUCUAGAGGUGGUUUUCAUGAAACCAGCAUAUUACUGCAAAGGAUUUGAUUCGGUGCCGAGAUUGUCGCUUGGAGAAUCAACCUUAACGCGUGGUUGUAGGACUUAUUCUUGCAUUGGCGACUUCAACGAAGGUGUUCAAUGGUUAGAAUCUGAAACCAAUGACUGUACUCCGUCAUCAUCAGUUCCUAUUUCAGUCAGUAUCCGUAAUGAAGUAACUAUGAGAACUCCUACAUUGGCAACUGUUCCAUUCCCUGUAACGACUAAAAAGCAUGAAUAUAUCGAUAUAAUCGAAGAGAAUGCGCAAGAAGACCGAGAGGAUUCUACUGAACUAACGGACGCCGAUGAGGUCAACAACGAGACGAAUACGGAGAGUUAUGAAAAAAACGUUAUGACUGAAGAGCCCACAACUUUCGUACCAGAUGACGUUAUAACGGUUACGACAACUAGACGAUAUCCUCACCGGCCAACUACCACGACUGAGUCAGUAACGAUUGUUGAUACUCCACAGACAACGGACAGUUCAACCACUUGGGAUCCACCAAUAACUGUUAAUCAUACCACACCACUUCCAGAAACUACUAGGCCACCGCUACCUCCCGAGGAACAGCUGGUCCAGGUGAUGCAAGACCUGGAACAGCUGUUGCAAAAUGACACCGGACCUGUUACCGUAGACAUGGUGGACGGGACCUUCGAUCAGGUUAACGAACUCUUCGAAUUGGAUGACGAUCUACCAAUUCCUGGUUCACUCCUACAUAUGUUGGACGAGUUGGGUUCCAGAGUCUACCUAAAUGGGUCCCACACGGGGAAAGCCAUUCGGGGCAACAUAGCUUUGUUGAUGGCUGACACUGCCCCUGAUAAUCCUGUGAGGGGAGUUAGGAUAGGUGUCUCGGAUACCAGCGGUGACACAUUCACUAAUGACACCUUUGAGUUUAUUGAAAACGAAAUCAACUCCACCCAAAUCGAGAGCAACAACAGUGAAGCCGUGGUCUACCUUCCCCAAUCUGUCACCAGUACCCCCAGACGCAUCAGCUUCGUGAUAUUCCGCAACGAGAGGGCCUUCCAAGCUAACCAGAGCGUCUCCGUCAACAGCCGGGUGGUCAGCGUCAAUGUGGAGAACGUUACGGAGUUUGAGGCCGGGGAGUGUCCAUGUUGCGAUGAAACAAAAUAUGAGAAUUUUAAGUGUGAAUGCUGCCACUCCAGAAAGCCUCGGUCCCUCGAUAAACAACAGUUACUUUCAGAAAGAAAACACUUUAGCAUUCGACGCUUAAUAGAAAACCUCUUCGGCGGGCGUUGCUCUAUGAACGCCUUUGCGGCAGUGAACACAGCUCAAUUGAUUUUAUUUUAUAAUCCGGACUCUUUGUGGACAACCCACCCAUUAGCCUCAGAGUGGCAGUGCAAGGCUGAUGUGUUGGAUUAUAAAAUUAAGAACUACGUAAAGCAUGCGAAUGCGCAGCUUCAGCGAGGAUACUAUAGGAAUCUGACCUGGCCGGCCUUUAGAACUUGCAGGCCAGAAUACCCUGGACAUUUUGUGUGUUUUUGCUGUAUGGUGGAAAUGAGGGAAAAUCAGGUCCUUAAUGAAUACAUCGAAUAUUGGGAUGAAAAGUUUGGAAUACAACCUAUAAUGGAAAAUAUAGAUAUGCUGGAUAUAUGGGUGAAUAAACAUGAAAAAUUGGGAAAUUAUACAUAUUCAGAGUAUCAUGCGGGCAAUAAUUUUGAUAACUUCACUGAUAUUUUGUCAAUUGAAGCGACAACGGAAUAUACUACUAGUGUUACUGAAGAAUAUGAGGAGGAAUAUGAUGAGUAUGAGGAUAGCAAACAAUACAAAGAUGUUGAGGAACCGAAACCGGCUAGUCCAUUCGUAUUUAUAAAGACAGAGCCGCCAACUACAGUAUGGACUGAAACCACUUCAACUGAAGAAGAUAAAACUACACAAAGCCUACCGAACAACGAAGUCACCACGCCGUUGGAAUAUUUCAAUACAACUAUGGAUGCUUCAAUUAUGAUAGAUCAGGAACAAGUUCUGGAAGACCUGGAGACGUUGUUGCAGGACGAAUCUUCUAUACCGAUCACAAGCGUGGAAGGUGCUUUAGACAAUGUGAAUUUGCUUUUUGAAGACGAAAGUUUGAACCUGACUGGAGAAAUUCUCCAGAAGUUGGAUCAGCUCGGCCCCAGGGUCGACCUUGAGGGGUCCCAUUCGGCUGUGAUGGUACGAGAGAACUUGGCGGUAAUUGUAGCUGAGACCGAUCCUCUACAUCCCGUCCGAGGACUCAGGAUAACUACUAAUAGACAUGACACUUUCAAUGAGGACUGUUUUGAUUUUAUAUCUGGAGAAGAUUACUCCCAGUAUCUCUCAAGCAACGAAAGCGACGCUGUGGUAUCUCUACCUUCUUACAUAACUAACUCCAAUAAACGCAUGAGCUUCGUCGUGUUUCGCGAUGACCGUGCCUUCCAGCCAAGGAAAGGGAUGAAUGAUUCUAUUGUUAACAGCAGAAUUCUCAGUGUUAACGUUGAAAAUGUGACCAGAUUUGAAGAAGGAGGGAUAAUAAGUCUGUACUUACGACCGACUAAAACUAACGUUGGACGGCAUUACCGACGAACUUGUGCAUAUUGGCUGUUCCUGGACGAUGGCACGGGAUACUGGUCUCAAGACGGCUGUACAUUUGCGAAGUCACCAACUGGCCAACUCGACAUCUGUCAGUGCAAUCAUCUCACCCACUUCGCUGAAGUAUUAAUAGCUGUACAUAGAUUCUCUGAACAGAAUGAAGUUAUUUUAGAAAUAUUAUCUAUAGCUGGAUGUUGUCUAUCUAUAGUAGGCAUUUUGUUAGUUGCUGUUACUGCUAUUGUAUUCCGAUCUUGGCGAAACGAUUUUAGUAACAAAAUUUGGUUGCAACUCUGCUCGGGGAUAUUUAUUUUGAAUGUUUGCUUUUUAUUAAAAGCUUUUAUUGAAUUUGAUAAAGAUAUUUGGUGUAUGAUAGUAGGCGUUGUGAUGCAUUAUUCCUUACUUGUGUCUUUCUUUUGGAUGUUGAUAGCAGCAAUUAUAUCUUACGGUAAUUUAGUUUUAGUUUUUAAAAGAGAUAUAACUCGUAAACUAUUGAAAUCAUCUCUAUUUGCUUGGGGAAGUCCAGCUCUAAUUGUAGGUAUUCUUCUUGCUAUUAAUUCUCAGACUUACAUGCAUAAAUUCGAAGAUACUUCACGCAACUCAAGUUUUUGUUAUCCGUCCGGUUUAAGUUUAUGGUUAUCUGUUUACCUACCGUUAUCACUAAUUGUAAUUAUAAAUUGGUCUUUAUUUAUAGCAAUUCUGCGUUCGAUGUUUGCUUCUAAACAGAUCCGCCGUCACGGAAAUUCGAAGGAUACUUUAAGAUCAGCAGUCGUCAGUUGUCUCCUCGUCUUUUUGUUUGGUCUUCCAUGGAUAUUUGGUCUUAUUGCCUACAAUAUUAUAGCUGCAUAUAUAUUUACAAUAAGUGCGUCUUUACAAGGCUUCGUUUUGUUUAUUUUCUUCAUAGUUGCUAAUAAGCGAACGAGAGAUCUUUGGGUUAGAAAGUUGAGGUCAGAAAAGGGCCGCAGUAUGCCUUUGUCGAUGUCUACUGAAAGCACGUCAGGUAGUCGAGCAGGUCCUUCAGUAGAAUUACAGCCGUUUGGGGCUGUUAAGUUAAGGGAAUCGGAUGAGAUUAAAUCUUUAUUGCAGAGAGGAAUUUCUUUGCCUAACUCAGAAUUCACGAGACAUGCUGAGAAACCGGAUGAGUACUAUGAAUAAUAAGUAGAUAUU